CGUGUGAGCUCUACGACCCGCGAGGGGACAGGUGGAGUGGGGACGCCGCUCGGGUUGCUAGGAACCUGGGCUGGCCCGCCCUCCCCGCCACACCUCCGCCUUCCAGACCUGCGGCGCCCGAAGCUGAAAGCUGCUACUGUGUCUCGCUCCUGCAGCGGGCAGGAGCCGGGAGGAGUGAGCAGAAAGGGUUCUUGUUCUGUGGGUCGAGGCCACCCAGGCAGCCCCGAGAUCCAGAAGCUGAAGGGGAAGCGUGCGUGGGGGAGCCCCUGGGUGUCGAUCUGAACCUCUUGCGAGCGCAGAGCUGCUUGGAGUCCCGAAAGUGGAGAUUUUAGAAGGUGAGCGCUGUGGGCUAUGGGAUGGAUGAGGUGGAGGAAGACCAGCAUGAGGCCCGACUCAAGGAGCUGUUUGACAGUUUUGACACCCUGGGAACUGGGUCUCUGGGUCAAGAGGAGCUCACUGACCUCUGCCACGUGCUGUGCUUGGAGGACGUGGGCCCGGUGCUGCAACAGACGCUACUCCAGGACAACCUCUUGGGCAGGGUACAUUUUGACCAAUUUAAAGAAGCAUUAAUACUUAUCUUGUCUAGAACUCUCUCCAGUGAGGAGCACUUUGAGGAGUCAGACUGCUCGACAGAAGCCCAGCCCAAAUAUGUUAGAGGCGGGAAGCGUUAUGGACGAAGAUCACUGCCUGAGUUUCAAGAGUCUGGGGAGGAGUUCGCAGAGGUGACAGUGCUUGAGCCACUAGAGGAAGAAUCGAGGCCAUCACAUAUCCCAGCUGGUGACUGUGAUGAGCACUGGGAGACGCAACGCAGUGAGGAGUAUGAAGCGGAAGGCCAGCUAAGGUUUUGGAACCCAGAUGACCUGAAUGCUACACAUGGUGGGUCUUGCCCUCCUGCAGACUGGAUAGAAGAGAAACUGCAAGAGGUUUGUGAGGAUCUGGGGAUCACUCGAGAUGGUCACCUGAACCGGAAGAAGCUGGUUUCCAUCUGCGAACAGUAUGGAUUACAGAAUGUGGAUGGAGCGAUGCUGGAAGAGGUGUUUCUCAGCCUUGAUCCCGAUGGUACAAUGAGUGUCGAAGACUUUUUCUAUGGUCUGUUUAAGACUGGAAAAUCCCUUACACCAUCAGCAUCUACUCCCUAUAGACAACUAAAACGACAUCUGUCUAUGCAGUCCUUCGACGAGAGUGGACGGCGGACCACAACCUCGUCAGCAAUGACAAGUUCCAUUGGCUUCCGCGUCUUCUCCUGCUUGGAUGAUGGGAUGGGCCAGGCAUCUGUGGAGAAGAUACUGGACACCUGGCAGGAAGAAGGCAUUGAGAACAGUCAGGAAAUCCUGAAGGCCUUGGAUUUCAGCCUGGAUGGAAACAUCAACCUGACAGAGCUGACGCUGGCUCUUGAGAACGAACUUUUGGUUACCAAGAAUGGCAUUCACCAGGCAGCACUAGCCAGCUUCAAGGCUGAAAUCCGGCAUUUGUUAGAACGAGUUGACCAAGUAGUCAGAGAAAAGGAGAAGCUACGGUCGGACCUGGACAAAGCAGAAAAGCUGAAGUCUCUAAUGGCUUCCGAGGUGGACGAUCACCAUGCUGCCAUUGAGCGGAGGAAUGAAUACAACCUCAGGAAACUGGAUGAAGAAUACAAGGAGCGCAUAGCAGCCUUAAAGAGUGAACUCCGCCAAGAGAGGGAGCAGAUCCUGCAGCAAAUGGGCAAGCAGCGGGUAGAGCUGGAGCAGGAAAUUGAAAAGGCCAAAACGGAAGAGAAUUACAUCCGGGACCGCCUUGCCCUCUCUCUGAAGGAAAACAAUCGCCUAGAGAAUGAGCUUCUGGAAAACACAGAGAAGUUGGCAGAGUACGAGAGCCUGACAAACAAACUUCAGCGCAAUUUGGAAAAUGUGUUAGCAGAAAAGUUUGGUGACCUCGAUCCCAGCAGUGCUGAGUUCUUUCUUCAAGAGGAGAGGCUGGCGCAGAUGAGAAAUGAAUAUGAGCAACAGUGCAGGCUAUUACAAGACCAAGUGGACGAGCUGCAGUCGGAGCUAGAAGAAUAUCAGGCGCAGGGCAGAGUGCUCAGACUCCCCUUGAAGAACUCGCUGUCAGAAGAACUCGACGGUCAUGAGCCUGACCAAGGGCCUGGUUCUGAAGAAUGCAACCCACUGAAUAUGAGCAUUGAGGCGGAGCUGGUCAUCGAACAGAUGAAAGAGCAGCACCACCGGGACCUGUGUCACCUGAGGCUGGAGCUGGAAGACAAAGUACGCCACUACGAAAAGCAGCUGGAUGACACCAGGGUCGCCUGUGAAAAGGAGCAGGAGGCCAUGAGGCAAAAGUAUGAGCAAGGAAUGCUCACCUUGAAGAAGCAAAUCCGUGACCUUCAGAGUGAGAUUGCAGACCUUCAGGGACAGGCAGCCGUGCUGAGGGAGGCCCACCACAAGGCCAGCUGCAGGCACGAGGACGAAAAGAAGCAACUGCAAAUGGUGUUUGAUGAGGAAAAGGCUCAGCUUCAGGAGGAGCUGCAGCUGGAGCAUGAGAGGGAGCUCGAGGCCAGGUUGCACCAGGCAGAGGAAAGCUUUCGCAGGGAGAAAGAGGGACUCGCUCAGGCUGCUGCCUGGACUGAAGACCAGGCAAGAGGCUUGACUCGGGACCUGGAACAGUCUCACCAGGAGCAGCUGCUGAACCUGAUGGAGAAGCAUGCUCUUGAGAAGGAAGAGCUGAGGAAAGAGCUCUCGGAACAUCACCAAAGGGAACUCCAGGAGGGAAGGGAAGAAAUGGAAACAGAGUGUAAUAGAAGAGUCUCUCAGAUAGAAGCCCGGUUUCAGGCUGACUGUGAGAAAGUCACUGAGCACUGUGAACAGACGCUGCAAAGCCUUGAGGGUCGCUACCGCCAAGAGCUCAAGGACCUCUUGGAGCAGCACCUGGAGGAGAAAUCUCAGUGGGAGUUUGAGAAGGAUGAGCUCACUCAAGAGUGCACAGAAGCCCAGGAACAGCUGAAGGAGGUGCUCCAGAGGGAGAAGGCAACCGCCCUGGCCAGGAACCAGGAACAGGAGAUGCUGGAGAGGACAUACAGGGAGCGUUUGAAUAUCCUGAGCAUGGAAAGAGAGCAGCUGCUGCAAGACCUGAAAGAUCUACAGAAUGCAUCUGAGAGCCAGCACAGCCUCCUGUCUGACCAGCUACUUGAGCUAAAGAGAAGUCAGGAGAGAGAACUGAGGGAGCGAGAGCAGGUGCUCUGCCAGACAGGGGUCUCCGAGCAGCUGGCCAGCCAGCAGCUUGAAAGGCUCCAGGUAGAGCAUGAGCAAGAGAGGCGAGAAAUGACGAGCAAGCUUGCCGCCCUGGAGAGCGCCCACAGAGUGAGCUGUGAGAGAGCAGAUCAAGAGAAGGCAGAGAUGAGCGCAGAAAUCUGCAGGCUUCAGAAUACAGUCAAGGACAUGGAGCAGGCAGCAUCUCUCUUGAUGCUUCAGGGUAGCUGCCAGGCAACAGAAGGGGAGGAGGCGGAAGGAAAUGGAGCCAUGUCCCUGCUUCAGCAAGGAGAACAGCUGUUGGAAGAAAAUGGAGAUGUCCUCAUCAGCCUGCAGAGAGCUCACGAGCGUGCAGUGAAGGAAAAUGCAAAAAUGGCCACUGAAAUUUCUAGAUUGCAGCAGAGGCUGAAAAAGUUAGAGCCAGAGUCAGUGAUCUCAUCUUGUUUGGAGGAGCGAACGUCUGAGAUUUCUGGAGGUUCCGGGGAACAAGCAGAACCCGUAAUGAAACAAGGGAUAGCCACCAAGCACUUCCUGAGCGACCUAGGAGACCCGGAGGCCCAGGACCUGGAAAGUACUGGAACAAGCUCUGUUCAGAGGCAGGCGUGCAAAACUGAGGAGUCAGAAGCUUCCCUGGAGUGCUUUUCUGAGCUUGAGAACAGUGAAGACACCAGGACCGAAUCCUGGGACCUCAAGAGUCAGAUCACCCAGCUUCGGCAGCAACUAACAGUCUUGCGUGCAGACUGCGAUCGGGCCUCUGAGAGGAAACAGGACCUGCUUUUUGAUAUUUCUGUGCUGAAAAAGAAACUGAAGAUGCUGGAGAAACUCCCGGAGGCGUCUUCCAGGUAUAAGGUAUUAUACGAGGAUGCCGCUCGAGAAAACGCCUGCCUCCAGGAGGAGUUGAGACUCAUAGAGACGCGCUACGAGGAGUCGCUGGACAGCAACAAAGAGCUCGCCGCCCAAGUCUACAGGUUGCAAGAUGAGAUGAAGAAAAUGGAGGAGGUGACGGAGACAUUCCUCAGCCUGGAGAAGAGUUACGAUGAGGUCAAACUGGAAAAUGAGGAGCUCAGUGAUCUAGUGUUGAGACUUCAAGGGAAGAUGGAGAAGGUACUAGAAAGGGCCGCCCUGCAGGGUGACAGCUACUCCCUGUGGGAAGCCCCUUCAGAAAACCUGGAGGUCACUUCUGAUGAAAAGAUGCUUGAACUCGCUCAGACUCCAGAAGAGUGUACACCCCAGGUCAUGAGCACGCAUCACAUCUUAGAAGAGUGUAGACAAGAAACCCGGUGCUGUGAACAGGGAAACAUGCGGCUCCUAGCUAGAGUAAAAGCACAUGAAAUCGCCUGGUUUGGCAGAACAAUUCAGACACAUCCAGAAAAGCCUAGCGUGCAGAACCGAGUUAUCCUGGAGGAAAAUGCUGCUCUCCCAGGCCUUCCAGACACACAUCUUCAACAGGAGGCCACAAUCGCAGAGUUAGAGCUGGAGAAACAAAAGCUACAGGAGCUGACUAGAAAUUUGAGGGAGCGAGUCACUACAUUAGUUAAGCAAAAGGAUACACCUUCUCAAGGGGAGAGGGAGGAAGAGCUGAAGGCAAUGAUGCAGGACUUGCAGGUCACAUGCGCUGAGAUGCAGCGGAAGGUUGAGCUUCUGAGAUAUGAAUCUGAAAAGCUUCAAGAGGAAAAUUCUAUUUUGAGAAAUGAAAUCACUACUUUAAACGAAGAAGAUAGCAUCUCUAACCUGAAACUGGAGGAAUUAAAUGGAUCGCAGGAAGAAUUGUGGCAGAAAAUAGAAACCAUAGAACAGGAAAAAGCUUCAAUUCAGAAGAUGGUUGAAAAAUUAAAGAAACAGGUUUCAGAUUUAAAAAUCAAAAACCAACAGUUGGAUUCAGAAAAUAUAGAACUCAGCCAAAAGAACUCCCAAAACAAGAAAGAACUGAAAACCCUUAAUCAACGCCUGGCAGAAAUGCUAUGCCAGGAGGAGGAGCCAGGAACUUGCACCUCUGAGAAAUGGGAACAAGAAAAUGCAAGCCUCAAAGAAGAACUGGAUCACUACAAAGUGCAGACUUCCACUUUGGUGUCUUCUCUGGAGGCAGAACUUUCUGAAGUUAAACUGCAGACUCACAUUGUGGAGCAGGAAAACCUCCUUCUCAAAGAUGAACUGGAGAGACUGAAGCAACAGCACAGGUGUCCCGACCUCUCUGACUUCCAGCAAAAAAUGUCUAGCAUUCUAAGCUACAACGAAAAACUGCUGAAGGAAAAAGAAGUUCUGAGUGAAGAGUUAAAGAGCUGUGCAGAUAAGUUGGCAGAAUCAAGCCUCUUAGAGCACAGAAUUGCUACAAUGAAGCAGGAACAGGAGGCCUGGGAAGAGCAGAGCGAGAGCCUGAAGUCACAGCUGGCGGUAUCCCAGGAAAAGGUUCAGAAUUUAGAAGAUAUCCUGCAGAAGGUAAACCUUCAGAUGGCCCAGAUCAAAUCAGAUCUCCAAGUGACUCAACAGGAAAAAGAGGCUCUAAAGCAGGAAGUGAUGUCAUUACACAGACAGCUUCAGAGUGCCAUCAGCAAGGACUGGGUCUCAGAAGCAGCUCCCCAUCUCUCAGCGCUCCAGGGCCAACAGAAAAGGCUGUCCUGGGACAAACUGGACCAUCUGAUGAAUGAAGAACCACAGCUGCUUUGUCAGGAAAGCAAGAGACUCCAGACUGUGGUACAGAACACCCAAGCCGACCUCACACACUCCCGGGAGAAGGUCCGUCAACUGGAAUCCAACCUUCUUCCCACCAAACACCAAAACCAACUCAACCAAUCAUGUUCUGUGAAGUCCAUAGAACAAGAAAAAUUGACCUUAAAGAGAGAAUGUGAACAAUCUCAGAAGGAACGAUCUCCUACUAGCAGGAAGGUCAGUCAGAUAAGUUCCCUUGAGCGAGAAUUAGAAACAAUCCAUUUGGAAAACGAAGGUCUGAAGAAGAAACAGGUGAGACUGGACGAGAAGCUAAUGGAGAUGCAGCCCCUGAGGUCCACUGUGACGCGUAGCUCAUCCUCUCACUGGGAUCUGCAGUUGCUCCAGCAGCAAGCCUGUCCAAUGGUGCCCAGGGAGCAGUUUCUGCAGCUUCAGCAACAGCUGCUGCAGGCAGAGAAGAGAAGCCAGCACCUGCAGGAGGAGCUUGACAACAGGACCUCCGAAACCAACACACCACAGGGAAGCCAGGAACACCUUGUAAAUCUCAUGGAAGAACGAAUGAUAGAAGUUGAACAAAAACUAAAGCUGGUGAAAAGGCUUCUUCAAGAAAAAGUGAAUCAGCUCAAAGAACAACUCUGCAAGAAUACAAAAACAGAUGCCGUGGUAAAGGAUUUGUAUGUUGAAAAUGCCCAGUUGUUGAAAGCUCUGGAGAUGACUGAACAGCGACAGAAGACAGCAGAGAAGAAAAAUUUUCUCCUAGAGGAGAAGAUCGCCAGCCUUAGUACCAUCGUCAGGAACCUGGCACCAGCACCUCUGACUGCUAUGCCUCCUCUGAGGUCAUAGCCAGCCCAAAGGAUGCAUACCAAAGGAUGCACUUCUGAUUGUGCACUUUACUGACACCAUGGGAACAUGUUAAUAGGUUCUCCGAACCCUCUAACUAAAAAAACUUUCAAUGGCUUAAAAUCAAGCCUACCCAAAGUCUGCCAGCAAUGGAAUUGGAGGCUCCAAAUGGGUGCUUACUGGAAUUCCACAAAUCACUAUUUAAAUUUCACCAUUUAAAUUACUUCUAAGCACUGAACUUUUAAAGUAUGCUCUGGGUAGCUACCAAGAAUGAAAUUAACUUAAGAACCUUAAAAUCCUAGUUUUUAAUGUUUUUAAACUGCUAUUAUCUAUGUAUGCCAUCCAGGUUCCUUUUAAGUUUGAUGUCUAACCAGAGUGGUUAUUAUUAUAAUCUUUUUUUUUAAAACAUUUAAGUACUGAAAUGAUUCUGCUUGCAAUACUUUAGUCUCUGAAUUAAUCAGAUGACUGCACUUCUGUUCAGAGAAAGCUUGGCUAGCAGCUAGCCACCAAGUCAGAGAACUCCAAGUUCUGUAAACCUGCCAGUUCUUGCUACUCUUGCUGUAUAACAGAUUCAGAACUUACUCAGCUGCGCUCUUAACUACGGAUAAAGCUUUACUUUCUUUAAACGGCCCUUUCUCCUCUUCCUAAAGCUUGUGUUUGGGACUUUGUCUUCUAAAAAAUUGUUAAAACUGUACUCUUAACCUUACUGAACUAUAGGGAGACCACGGACAGACCAGCCACUUUGGAGUAAAAAGCCACUCUUGGAAGACGGUCACGUGGAGUAUGGUGGAUGUAGUUUCGUCUCUCCCAAGCCUUGGAGUCCAUGGACAUACCUUUGAGUUUGCAUCAAAAGCUCAGGGAACGAUUUUUAAACUGUCUUCCUGAACUACUUGCUGCCCAGCCUAAGAACUGUGUACUGAAAUCAUCCUAUCCACAAUACCUUAGUCUCUUUGAAUUAAUUGGCUGACUGCAGUUCUCUUCAGAGACAGCUUGGCCAGAGAUGUGUAAACCACACAACCUUUUUUGUCUUAUAUAUUAACAGCCAUAGACUUUUUACUUCUAUAUUUUAGUGCACUUAAUUAUCUGAAAAGGCCUUGACUGUAGAGUUAAAAACCUCUCCUACUUACAAAGAGUUUUUACUGUUUGCUUAAUACAGGUCAAGAUUCCAAGCUUCUGACCUUUCGAUACCUCACAUCUGAACUUAUAAACUUCAUACUGUGGAGAACAUGGGCAUGCUAUCAGGGGUAACGGAGAGAAAUUAGAGAGUUUCACUUUAUAAGAGGUACAAGAGAAAAGUAAACCAUUGUGUUUGGGAAAGGACACAAGACAAGUCAGAUAUAGGCUGAGAAGUCACACGAUGUGAGGAAAUCUUGAGCCAUUUCCACCAUGACUCUUUGGGAUUCUUUAGGGCCCAACUAUCCAGUCCCACCAGCGUAGAGAGAGUUCCCUCUACCAAGUGUGACAUGGCACACUAUCUGUGCUCCAGUAGCUCACACUGGAUUUGCACUACUAUGCCUAUCAGAAAGGUCUGACUUCCCACUGGGGAAAGAAUUAAUCCUUCCCUAUGAUCUUAUAUCUAAAUAUUAUUUUGACCUCUGGUAUUAUGUCUCCUCUAAAUCUUUCUACUCAGCUACUUGUAUUAGCUUUAGCAGAAAAUUGUGGAUAGGCCUAGGCUAAGGUCAGAGGUAAACUAAGUCUCUAUGAAGUACUCCUGUGAGAUGCUUCAGGUUCUAAAGGUUAAUGCCACUGGAACUGAACAGUAAGCACAUUUCUCCAACAGCUGGCCGGUAUGGGGCCAUGUUUGUUGUGCUUUUUAAUUUUAUUUUAUAUUAUGAAAAGUGUAGGUUAGUGUUUCUUAUAAAUUUGUAUUUAUAUGUACAUAAAGUGUUGUACAAUGACUGUAAAUAUGAUUUUUUUAAAGUUUUAGAGUUCAUUUAGAAUUAUUUCACCCAAAAUCAAAAUGCUACUUUAGUAAAAUGUUAAUUUCUUGCUUUAAAUCCACUUACUAAAUGGGGGGGGGAAUCAAUAUGAGAAAUGUCUAUACAUAUCUUAAACUUAUACACUCAUGCAGCAGUUUAUAUUUUAGAAACCUUUUAGCACUGGAGUUUAACUGCCCAUGUAGACUAUAGCUUAAAGCUUUAAAAGCAUCAACUGUAAAAUCCUAUAACUGUGUUGAUUUGACUCUCAGACCUUCUUUCCAGUGGUUCUCUCCAAAAUCGCAAGUUAUGUGUUUUACAGCCAUAGCUACUUUUCUUUUCUUUUUUUUUUUUUAAGCACUGGUUUUAGACUCUAAAACAUGGCUAGGAAGACCCCCAUUGCCUUGUUUGCUGUCUUGUAGUUUUUAAAGGCCUUACUCUGUUGUUUCCCCUAAGGGGAGAAAGGAUUUAUUUUAUCUAAAGGCCUUUACUCUUAAAGUAAGUUUGUGAGGGGAGAGAAGUCCAUGUGGUUUAGGAUGAAGCACAGUAUUUUCAUUUGUUUUUUGAAAACUCUAAUUCCAGCUAAGCCAUUUUAAAUGUGAACCCCUCCUUGAAAUUGCAAUGUGCUAUUUGUAUAUUUGACCAUCAGCAUGUUUUAUAUAAACAGAUCAUGAAAUCAUGAACUUUAAGAUAUAGGAAAACAUCUUAUAGGUCUAGUGUUUCAGUAAUAAAAUCAAUAUUCAGGGCAGGUAUUAUUUUGAGAAACUUUUUUUUUUAAAUGAAAUAACUAAGGCUUAACAUGUGGAAAGUAAAUUUGUGAUUUCCCCUUUCACUUUGCUGAGUAAAGAAAAAGAGAACAAUGCUGUUGUCAGCAUCUUUUAAGGGUAUUCUUCCCAGUCACUGAGGUCUGAGUACAGUGUUGAUCGGAUCCUGUUCUGAGUGGAUUGCCUGCAAUUGUAUAUAGCAUUCCAGUGAGUCAUUAAGCAAAGCCAAAAACCCAGGUCAAAGCCUAAGAACCAGAGCACUCACUGGAAAGUCAGUCAGUCAGUCAGGAGAUGGGAGCACUCACUGGAAAGUCAGUCAGUCAGGAGAUGGGAGCACUCACUGGAAAGUCAGUCAGUCAGUCAGGAGACCCUGGCUGCCUGCAUCUGAGCAUCUUAGCACUGGGAAGACUCAGUUUCAGGCAGCUGCACAAAUUAAGAACAAAUUAAAGUUGAGCUUUUUCAUUUUGUUUUUUGCUUUGUUUUGUUUGGGUGAUGCAAGGUAAGUUUAUUCUCAUUGUGAGAACAUUACCAUAAUGUGACUUAAAGGAAUAUUGGUUAAAAACAAAACAAACAAACAACAACAACAAAAAAAAACAAUUAAAAUCCCAAAGUAAACCAAGAUUGACUUGAGUUAAUCUAGAACCCACCCCAGAAUUAUUUUCUGCUCAAGAUUAAUGUGAAUAUGUUUAUAUUGGUUUUGUAAUUUCAUUUCAGUCAUUCUAUCCCAGAAAGAGUUUAAUGUGAGCUUAAAAUGUAAAUAAAUAUAAUUUUGCAAACAU